CGGAAGAGGCUUCAGGAGAGCAAGUUGUAUUUGAAGACUACAUACCGUAAUCGCUGCGAAGAGGACGAUAGCAAAUGUGCCGAUCACUGUAGGGUCUUUGCACUGAGCCAUGCUGGUGACACUGACGUUCAGAAAGUAUGCAGUCACAGUCACGACGUGAAGUGUGAGGAUUGUGAGAAGCUUAAGAGUGUUCUUGAAGAAGUAAUAGGCGCUAUUUCUGAGUACACAAUGCAAUUGGGUAGGUUUCAAGCGGAAGACUAUCUGUAUGAAGCAAAAAAUGCUGCCGCUAAGAUCUUUGAAUGGAGAGGGCAUAUGUUGAGAGCAGAAACCAGGAUCAGUACGAGCGGCAAAUUGUCGAUACUUUGAAGGGAGAUGAAGCAUUUAUAAUAGUUGACUGGACAAUGAAGUUCAUAGCGAUGAAGUUCCGGGAAAAGCAAGCAGAAUGGUUUCCCAAGAGGGAAAUCAAUUGGCAUGUGAGCAGCGUUGUUGUAAGACAGGAGGAAAGCCUGGAAGUAACCUGAUACGUACACCUUCUUAACAGCUGUAAACAAGACUGGUUUUCAGUGCUGUCAGAAAAUCUCUUUGUCACCAUAAAGUUGCAAAAUUCAGGAAUAAUAAAGGCCUUUCUAAGAUCGGAUGAAGCAGGUUGCUAUCACAACAGUAAGCUGGUAUCAUCUCUA